AUAAACGUGUUUAAUCCGAGCAUGAAAAAAUUCGGCAGUUUAUUUUUAAUUCUUGCAGAGAUUAUAUCUGGUUAAGAUGGUUUACGUCUAUUCUACUGACGGACAAUGUCUGAACAUAACAUCAUUAAUUAGUAAUUUAACAAAGACAGAAUAGAUGUCACUUUAUGGUUUUGUCAUGUUUGUAUAAUAUGUUGUCUAUCAUUGAAGUAAACAUUUUAUAUGGCAGAUUAUACAUGUAGGAAAACCUGAAAUAGUAAAACCUUUACACAGAGGGCACUACAGGAAGUGCGUCCAAACACAAAACCGGAAGUACUUAGGAGGCAAUCUUGCUGCUUCUGCAUAGUUUAACGACCGCCAAGUUUGAAACACAAACCUCAUGUUUGGAAGAAAAUCGAUAGACCCAGCAGAAAUGACGACAAGAGACAAACUAAGUACAUAUCACAAAAAAAGAAUGAAUAGGACAUUUGAAUCGUCCAGUAGCGAGUCCACCACAUUUGAAGAGAAAAAGCUCGAUAACGUAUUGGAGGAGGAGGAGGAAGACAACAACGAAGGACCGAUGGUCUUCAUCUGCGGGAAGUGCAAGUUACCAGUUGGAGAUUCAGUGUCCUGGGAUGGAAGGGAAGACGAUCUAAAUCAAAUAAGACUGGAGCGGGUUACUGACAACGUCCUGGUUGGGAAAGAAAAUCGCCCGUUUGAAGUGGGAAAGCAGACUCUCUGUCUGAUCGUGGACCUCAUCUGCAGGGGCUGUCACACCAUACUGGGCAUGGUUUACACUUCCACUCCCAAGAUCUUGGACCACAAGAGGUUUACAUUCUGUCUCAAUGUUGCUGACAUUGACAGCUAUGUGCUGGGCUCUGCUGGCCAGAUGUUGACAGCAGAGGGCCCCAAAGAGCAGCCGGUGACACUGGAGUACAGAGGCAGUGUUGAACACCAGCUGACAGAGAUGAAAAUGCUGGUCAUGUCCAUGGCGCAGAGGUUGAAAGAGAUUGAAGCCGGUCUAGAAGAAGGGUGCGACGAGGUGUGACGGUGAUGGACGUGAACCCGCCUGGGAGGGUUUUUUGUCCAGGUGUUGUCCGCGUGAGAAUCUAAUGCUAAAACUCCUAACCUGGACCUUUACAUUCACGCCCGCCGUUCCAAAGUUAGAUUUCAGCUGCAUUCUGUCUAUAGUACAAUUUGUCCUAGGCUCACCUUGAUCAAACCACCUACACCCACGCACACACACUCCCAUAUUCCACUCUGCUUUGUCCUGAUUACUACUGGCGAACAAAGACUACCAGCACUUGUAAUCAAUCAUGCUGCCAGCUCGCCUCCCGCGGCUCGUGGCACCAUCGUUUCUGUCGGCCUCGGUGGCGAAUGAACGCGCACCAUGAGCAGAAUGUUUAUUUGUGCGAGAUUUCAUCUGGCAGGCUGCACAUUCAGCACAAUGCUGUAUUGAUCUUGCCACUUGAGGUCACACAUACACACACUUUUUCUUUGUUCUUUUCCUGAAGUGUGUGGCCUGUUUGUUGGACAUAUCUUUCAUUUUCUCUGUUGAAACCAUGACAUGAUUAGAACAGAUCUUAAUGACAAAUACAUCAGACAGCUACAUAAUUACAGACAAAUUCACCUGUGAACUCUGUAAAAAAUGAAUUUUUUCUUUGUUAGAUUUUUCAGUGGCGUCCGUUCAUGAUUUGUUAUUGCAUUGACUUUCUGUUUGCUUGCCUUUGUUUUGGUCAAUCACAGUUAUUGUCGUGUAGUGAAGCGUUUAACACCUUCAAGAGAUAUUUUAACCAUAUAUGUCAGUGUUUUCUGUUUGACAUGGCAGAUUAAAACCAAUUAGAACUUCCAGGAUGAGCUUUUUUCAAGUGUUUCUUUCUCUGUUGCAACCAGCCUGUUGAGGAUCAGG